AGAAGUUUUAUAGCUGUGGAGUUGCUCUCUGGCUGCCAGCAUGAAACACACUUUCAGCCACCAGGAACUACCCCAAAAUUCAUGAACAUAAGACCUUCAGAGCAAGUUUAACUUUACCAGUUCCCCAAUGAUUAUCCAGUAGAGAACAUCUGCCUCUCAAAUGUUAUUCUCAAGGACUUACUGUCACAUAGUUAAAGGAAUGUCCAUCUCUAUUGAAGUGUCCAGUAAUCAGACACAGCAGGGAUAAAGGCUAUAGAAUCCACCAUAAUAAGCCAUGCUGGGCAAAAAGCUGGUGACAGCACAGAAGCGUGGGGAGACCAGAGCACUCUUCCUGGGCUUGGGAAUGGUGGCAUGCUCAAUGAUGAUGUAUUUCUUUGUUGGGAUCACCAUUGUUCCUUCAUACAAAAGAAGUGUCUGGACAAAUGAGAGUGUAUGUCAACUGAUUAAGGCUACCAUCAGAGAAAAAGUCCACUGUUUAUACAAUGAAGGCUCUGGUGAUGAGAAUAUUUUCCGGUAUCCUUGUCUGGAAGUCCAGGUCAAUUUGACACUGUUAGGACAAGUGGUAAAGCUCUAUCACACAGAGGACACCGUGGACAAAAAUCCCAAGUGCUUCUACAUCCCCCCAAAUAUGGAGAACUAUAGCGAAGUUGAAAAGCUAGUGAAAACAAUAACAGAAAAUUUCAGAAAGCAUCAAACAUUCUCCUGUUACUAUGAUCCAUCAAGAAAAGAAGAGAGUGUCAUCCUAAAGAGAUUAUAUCCUCCAGAGGGCCUUUCCUUUGCUUUUGUUUGGCCAAGUUUGAUGUUAUUUGGAGGACUCUUGAUCAUCAUCAUGGUGAAAAUAAGUCAGUAUAUUUCUGUAUUAUCUGCAACACAAUACAGAACAGGUAUAUAGAAUGUCUCCAAAGCUACCUGUGCUUUAUUUCUACACUAUAGAUUAACAAGAUAGUAAACUGAAAAGGAAAAACAGAGUUCACAGCUGUGGGUGAAAUGUGGGCGAGACGGAACUGGCUCUAUUUUUUACACACAAAGACACUGGAUUUGUGUAUGUUCUCAACAUUUUGCAGAUUUGUUUUUUAAAAAACAGCAGUUAUCAUGGGCCAAAUGAACACAGUGAUGUAUGUUCAAGAACAGGCUUGAGACUUGCACUGCAUUUUCUAAGGGAGCUAACAUGAGCAACUGGUUUGAAUGAUGGAUUAGGAUGCCAGGAGACCAGGGUUCGAAUCCCCAACUCAGUCAUGGAAACCCAAUGAGUGGCCUUGAGCACAUUAGUCUCAGAGAAAGGCAAGUGACCUGACCAAAAUAUUUUCAAGGGGCCACUUGCUAUUUCAUCCUAAGGGAAAAUAAAAACCAAAACCAAAUAUACUCUUCAAGUAUUUCACUGUAAUUAUAUCACAAUGGCAAAGACAGAAUUCAGAGGCCUAAAUCAGGAGCAAGAAUUUUGCAGUCCUCCUGAUGCUGAACUGCAGCUCUAAUUAACUCCAACUAACAUAGUCAAUGAUGAUGAAUACUGGAACUUGUGGCCCUUGAGUCCAUUGUGGCCCAUUUACUAAGUUCCCACUGAUUGAAUGCAUCUGCUCUUGUUGGAACUUAAAAUUAGAUUUAGGCCAGGAUUCACACUUGAGUUUAUGUGUGUGCACACACACUAUUUCUGGGACUUUACUGUGCCCAUAACAACAUUAAGAAUAGACUUUUGCCUUAACCCUUGCUGUUUGGCUUAAAGAUGAUAGCCUAAGCAAACUCAAAGAGUACGGGAUCAAUACCAUCAAAUUCAGUGGACUUACUUCUGAAUAAACAUGCACAGAGUGUGUUUGAACACUUUAUUAUUAUUUGACAAUAUUAGAGAAACAGGGAACACCAGAAAGGGAUUAUAUCAAAUUUUAACAUCCCACCUGAAAUCCAAACCACUUGCAUAUGUGGCCAGAUUUGGACCAUCAGAUUUUUUUUGUUGCUCCCUAAAAUUGAUCUAAAAUGUUGACAUCUUUAAAAGAACAGCUGGAAUGCUCCUUCAUAGCAUCUUCCUAAUAUUGCAAAGGGAUGGGAGAAAUGACAGGCAACUCAAAGGCACAUGUAUACACAACAACAAAUGUGUUGCAUAACUUCCUUUAAGCCUUUUUAAGGAUGAUUUGAAUAUUUACCAACAAAAAAUAGCAUUGCAAAAGGAGAGAGCAAAUGUCUAACAAUCAUCCAUUCUUAUCAUUUGUGGGUACUAUUCACUACUGCUUAACUCCAAUAUGUAGUUUCAGCAUCACAUUGGGCGUAGUGCUCAGGUCACACUGUAUUUUGCAUCACAUAUAGGCUACAGUAUCCAGGUCACACUGUAU